AUGGCCAGAGCCUGGCGAGCCCGGGAUGGGCAGCGGGAGCUGCUGCGGAUCCAGGAUAUGGAGCUGGAGUCCCCCAGGCCUCCGUUGCUGCCAGGGAAAACUCCGAGGGCCAGAGGACAUUCCCGCUGCUCCAGCCUGGACCUGGGUGCCCCCGGAACGCCCACCCCCAUGGGGGACACCCCGGCCCGGGCCCCCGACCCAGCCCUCAUCUACAGCAACGUGGGAGAGCUGCGGGCUCACCUCGCCCCCCCCAAGGCGAGCCGAGGGGAAGGAGCUGGGAGAUCCCUCUCUCAGCCCAGCCAGGAGCCGCUGCCUCCCCCACUGCCCAAAAAGCAGCUCCAGCGAGCAGAGUCCCUCCCGGAGCAGGGACCAUCCCACCACUGCCAGGGUGACCCCACACCAGGGGCCGGCAGCGUCCUCUACAGCGUCCCACCAUCCCACCUGCGGCACGGGGAGGGGGCUCCCAGCCCUACCCCCACUCGGGACAGACCCUCCUGUGGACCCAAGAAGCCCCUGACCAAGUCCCGAAGCCUGGGGGAAGCCUGGAGCAGCCCCCAGAAGGGCCCGUCCCCCAGCCUGAGGGAGCUGACGUUCGGGACAGCGGACGGGGAGCUGGGGCAGCUCCUGCACAGCCCGGCCGGGGUGUGUGGGGUGCUCUUGGGCUGCCAGGCAGCCACCCUGGCCCGGCUCUCGGCUCGCAUCCAGGAGGAGCUGCGCUGGGGAGCCCUGAGGAUCCUGGAGCCGGAGCCGUGCUGUGAGAGCGGGGACGCCUGGUACUUCAGGGUGGGCUUCACCUUCGGGCACAGCCAGCUGGAGUUGGCAGCCAAGGUCCCCAAGCCGUGCUGCUCCAGCCUGGGGGUGCAGAGCUCCCUGGGGCCACACUGCAGCAUCCAACGCCUGCUCUGCCGCUUCACCGACCGCCUCCCCCGGGAGCUGCUGCUCCCAGGAAACCCUGGAGAGCAGAGCCAGUCCCCUUCCAGGCAGGAGCCAGCCUGUCCUGCCACCCACCCCGUCCUGCAGGUGCUCAUUUGUGCCGAGGUUCCCCACCAGACCCUGGCAGACUUCGUGAAGGGGUCCCAGGAGCUGCACAGGACCAGCCCUGGGCACUACGAACGCCUGGGCUGCCUCCUGCUCCUGCAGCUGUGCCUGGGGCUGGAGCACCUUCAGGGGCAGAAGGUGGGGCAGGGGGACCUCAGCCCCGAGAAGCUGCUGCUGGUGCAGUGCCCGUGUCCUCCCGGGAGCCAGCGAGGCAAGAAGGAGCCCCUGGGACUGUCCCUGCCACGGCUGCUCAUCAGCAGCUUCUUCAGGGCCAAAGAGAAGCGAAGACCUUGUUCCACCAGCCAAGAGCAGGACUGGGCCGAGGGCCUGGCUGCACCCACCUCCCCAGCAGCAGAUGAGCUGAUGCUGGGCAGGCUGAUCUAUCAGAUCCUGCACGUGGACAUCUCUCUGGAGGACGCCUUGGGGUUCAGAAGCAACAGGCUCCCCGAAAUCCCCUCCCUGUCCAUCUACUCGGCGGGACUGCGGCACUUGGCCUCGCUGCUCCUCCACAGGGAUCCCUCCAGGAGGGCCUCCAUCCCCCAGGCCAGGAGCAUCCUGCAGGUCCUGCUCUGGGGGCCACGCCAGGAGCUCUUUGCCAGGAGCAGGAAGACCCUCCCGCUGCUCCAGAGCUGGGUGGAGGUGAAGAGGGCUCUGCUGCUCCUCAGGUUUGCGGAGAACUCGGCCGGGGCAGGGGGAGAGCGCCUGGAGGAGUGGCUGUGCUGCCAGUACUUCCAGGAGGUCACUGAACACACCCUCUACCAAGUCACCCAGGAUCUCUAUGAUGCUCCCUAAAGCCAAGCUCAAGUUCAGCCCACCCAGAGGUCUCCUCAAGAGCCCAGUGGACAAAUCUGUCCCUGCCCAUGAGCAAACUAGAUGGUCUUUAGGGUUCCUUCCAACCCAAACCAUCCCAUGAAUCUGUGAAAUCCAUCAGCUCCCAGUUUUCACUGGGAAAACUGCAAAUCCAAAGCCACUUCCCCCGCAGCUCAGGAACGAUGGGAGCUGGGACCAAGCUCCCACACACAGAGGGUGUGUUUUUACACCCUCACAUGAUUUCUGGCUGAUGCUGAGUCUGGUUUACUGGAGCACCUCAGGAAACGGGGCUGGAUGGGAGCCCCAAGCACCAAUUUAGUGGCUGAUUAUCCUGAGGGAAGUUUGUAAGGUUCAGAAUUUGCACAAAACCCCCCUCAAGCCCCCUCCUGUGGCUGUUUUAAAUAACACCCCAAGCCACACCUGACAACUUAAUGCACCCUCAGCAAAGGAGAAACACAGCAGCUCCCACAGCCUGAGCCUCUCAGAAAGGAUUUGUGGCACAGCCACAAAUAAAAAUGACAGUCUGAAGGGGGAAAUGCAGCAGCC